UGCUGCAAAGAGUAAAGAGGAGAAGAUGAAGAUAAUUUUCGACAAGUUUGAUGUCAACAAAGAUUCACAUUUAGGGAUAACAGAGUUGUUAGGAUAGAUCAUGGCAGUUGAACCCACAUUAAGUAACGAUUUGCAAAGGCUUCCAUUUCUCCUUCAAAUAUACUUGGGUAACCCCUCUUUCCUAGCUGGUUCAAAAGGACUAUCCUAUAGUGGUUUCACUCAUAUUUAUGAAGAAGGUCAUCUUAACUUUGAUCAUGACUUCAAUACCAUUAAUAUUCAGCCCCCAAUUCACCAGGGAUAUGCCAUUCGAGGUAUUUUACAACAACAACAACAACAACAACGUAGCUUGAUGCUUCAAUCACAACUACAACAACAACAACAAGAACAACACUGUAGUUUGAUGCUUCAAUCAUAAUUAGUACAACAACAAGCACAACAAUGUGCAAGUCUAACGACAAAUACUUUUUCAAGCAACCUCAGAAACACAACGCAACAAGUGGGUGGAGGGAUCAGCUCUGCUGGGUCGGUAUCUAAUAUUGGGAUCAGAACACAACAAAUGGGAGGAGUGAUCAGCUCUGCUGUGCAAGUGAAUAGUUAUGGAAACACAAUGCAACAAGUGGGAGGAUUGUUUAUCUCUACUGCACAGCCGAAUAGUAAUGGAAACUCAGCGCAACAAGUGCGAGGAAAUCUCAACUCUGCUGCUGAGGUGAACAAAAACGUAAACUCAGCUGAACAAGAGGGAAUCAGGAGACCUUGGAGAGGAGUUCUUUUGUUUGGUCCUCCUGGCAAAGGGAAAACACUCUUGGCCAAAGCUGUUGCUACAGAGUGUGGGAUGACAUUUAUGAAUAUUUCCUGUAGUUCAUUGUGUGGAAAUUGGUAUGGAGAGAGUGAACGAUUGACUUGGUGCUUAUUUAAGCUUGCCCGUGCUCAUGCUCCAACUAUGAUUUUCAUUGAUGAUAUUGAUUCUCUUUGCAGUGUCAGAGGGUCUGCUACAGAGCAUGAAACAUCCCGAAGGUUAAUGGCUGAACUUUUAGUUCAGAUCGAUGGAUUAAAUAACUCUAAUAGUACAUCAGGUAAAAUGGUGACACUUUUGGCAGCAACAAAUUUCCCUGGGAAUCUUGACGAGGAACUAAGGUAAAUAAGUGACACUUUUGAUGAUUCACUAAUUUUGCUUCUGUUACUUUUCAUUUGCGUUCUGUUUAAUCGGCGAUUCGCUGUGCUACUGUAAGAGCCGGCUAGAAAAGUGGAUUUACAUCCCACUUCCUGAUUUUGAGACCCGUAAGGAGCUUAUACAGAUAAACUUAAAAUCAAUCGAGGUAAGCUUUCCUUGUUUCAGCUGUCUUUUUCUUGUAUGUUCUUUUGUUAUAUUAUCAUCAUAACCUCACAAGAAUUGUUCAAUAAUCAAAACUCAAUUACAGAAACUUUUUCUGACUUUUACAAAGAAAAUUUUCAUUUACAUAGUAAUAAACUAUCAUGUUAAGUGAGCUAUACUAUGUUAGGUAGGACAUAAUCAAUGUGAAAUGUCACUUGCAUAACUUGUAUUCUCUAGUUCCCUUUGGGGAAGUCAUUCCCUUUUCUUAAAGGAAUUUCUUUUCUUAAAAAAUAGUUCAAUUGUUUUUUUUAUGACAAGGGAAACCCACAGGCUCUAUCCUUUGGGUGCGAAUAGGGUAAAACGCCCGCUCCUAUGCAAUACCUUGAAAACCACAUAGAAGAGGUAACCCGCACUAGGCAAGCGUGGUGCGACGAGCUCGACCCAGAAGGCAAACCCCUUGCUUUCACUUGUAAGGGGUUUCGAACUUGAGACCUCUAACAUGGAAGUUCCAAGCUCAAACCAGCCUACUAAAUAUGGGAAAAUUGAUAGAGUGGGUUCAAAAUGAGCGUGAUCUCAUUAUACAUUUUUCAUUUCAAUAUCUUUUCGCAUUGCGUAUGAUGUUUGAGCCGAGAGAAAUGUCUUCAUGUAGAACUGGCCCUAGAUUAGUAUUAUAGAAUGGAAAAUUUUGUUGACUGAAAAAUUCAAUGGUAGUUGGCUCCUGAGGUGGAUAUUGAGCAAGUGGCACAAAAAACAAAAGGCUACAGUGGAGAUGAUCUAACAAACAUCUGCAGAGACGCUUCCUUGAAUGGCAUGAGGCAGAAGAUAGCUGGGAAAACCAUAGACGAGAUCAAGAACAUAUUGAAAUCAGAAAUGCUGAAAUUCCAGUUACAAUGGAAGACUUCCUAGAAGCUGUAGAUAAAAUAAAGCCAUAGUUUCUUCAGGGGACAUUCAACGACAUGAGAAAUGGUACUCAUAGUUUGGAUCAUCAUAUUAAAUGAAAGUUCAAAAGUGCUGCUUUUUUUGUAAGAAAUCAAACUGAUCGUUGUGGACAAGCAUCACUGUUAUAGCGUCAGAUAUUUUAGGAACUAUUUUCAAUAGAUGAUCCAAUGUUGAUGAUACUACUACUGAUAUAUGGGCUCUUCCAUGGAAAAUUUCAAUCGAUAUAUAGCUCAAAUCUUCUAAAUGGUUUCAAAUUUUAGAUAU